UGCUUGAUACUGGAAAGGGAGGUCCCAUGUCGGUAAAUAUAUCAGCCUGUCACGCGACAAGCAUUUGUUUCUGUGGCAGGCUGUGUGCGAAAGCGCUGCUACCCGGUGCGGACAAGAGACUCGCCUGAAAUAAAUUCAGAAGCAGUUCCGUGAGGGCUGCUUCUACAGGCCGUUUUCUGAUGGAGGUGGGGGGGUGAUCGGCUCCUCCCUGCGAUAGUCCCGGAUGCACGGAGGCCUCCGUUACACGACCUCCGAUUAGCGCGGUCGGCUACGUACGGCGCAAGAGCAUGAAACGUUUAAAGAUCUGAUCCACAGCAAGCGGAGCGAUGGGCUCCAGGGCAGCGGGCCCGGUGGCGAACGAUCGCCUGCGCUCCAUUCCCGACUCGAUCGCCUGUCCGUGUGGGGAGUCUGUACCUGCUCUCCCUAGUUCUUGCACGGAUUUCAGCGGCUGUGUUGAAGUCGCCUGGCGAGUGAGCUUCAUAAGCAACCGCCUCCAUAUUCACCCGCGCGUGAAUAUAACCGUCGGCAGUGGCGACAUCAAAUAGGAGCCUUGGGCAGCUGCAUCAGCAGAUUGUGUAAUGAAUUAGUAGCAGCAGCAUCCGCGGAAUUGAAACGAAUUAAUGACAGCUUACAUCAUCGAUAGGAGCCGCAGCACAUAGCCACCGUGGGAGGCAGGGUGACGGGCUGCAGUGGGGUCUGUACGUUCUCUCUCUCCCCCUGUUACUGCAUGGGAUUCCUCCGGGUGCUUGGGCUUCCUCCCAUAGCUAAAAUAACAUCAACAAACAACAUCGCAAUGCUGAACAAUCACACGGCAAGCAGCGGCGGCGGCAGCAGCAGCAACAUCGCCCCCCGAUUGCUAUUACUUUGGUGAAACAACGCCGUGUAACGCCGACGACAAUGCGAACGGUACCCCCCUCCACCGUUCCCGCGCAGGUGACCAUAUUCUUCUCGGACGUGGUGCGAUUCACGGAGAUCGCGGCGCGCUGCUCGCCGCUGCAGGUGGUCGAGUUACUCAACGCACUCUACAUGUGCUUCGACAGGCGCAUCGAGGCCUACGACGUCUACAAGGUGGAGACGAUUGGAGACGCGUACAUGGUAGCGAGCGGGCUGCCCGAGAGGAACGGCGACGUCCACGCGCACGAGAUCGCGCGCAUGGCCCUCGACCUGGUGGCGGCCGUGCGGCAGGUGAACACGGACGGUCUGCGACUCAACGGCACGCUGCAGCCGCUGCAGCUGCGCGCCGGCAUCCAUACCG